AUUUUCAUAAACUUUUUUUUUGAUAAUACAAACACAACUAUUAUUAUUAUUACGACAAUGUUUACCAAAUUUAUUGCUUUACUGUUGACAAUAGUAGUGGUAUACUGUCUGAUGGAUACCUGUGCUGCCGAUGAACUGGAAAGACAGACAAUGGAUACACUGGAAAGUGCCAGCAAAGUCAUAUGUGUGACCAGCGGUCUGGAUCCGGACAGGGCUAGUAUUGUACGCCAGUGCGAGGCUAGCGUACCGUCAUUGUACAAAAAUACGUACAGCACGUGUGUUAGGCAAACCCUGAACAUCCGACAAAUGACACUACCGUUUAUUUGCUACCGUUAUAUGGAAGGUGGUCAAAAGGUCAAAGAUUGUCUGGAUAAUAGGAGGCGUAUAGCAGCCAAUUUGGGCCUAAAUGUUAACUCAAUGAGAGUCCGGAUACUCAACAAUUAUGCCGCCUGUGUUAGACCGUUGCUUAUGAUGUAA